AUGACAACAGUUCUUAUGGUUGAAUCUCGGUUCUUCGGAGCCGUUAACAAGUCAAAGGACAACAAGCUUGCCACCACACCGGAGGUGAGUGAGAGUCAAUCUCAACAAGAUAACUCUAUGAUUGUUGCCGUUGAGAAGGAAAUUAUGGAAAAACUCGAAAAGGAUAUUGGUGCUAAGGUUAUCUACCUCCCUAUAAAUAAUGAACCACGCUCCACUCGUGCCUUUUUCGAUGGAAAGACAGACUGUCUCUUUGUGAAUGAAUCCAUCUCUGCUCACCACUUCACUGAUAAUCAAGGUAAAAUUACCCGUCGUGUUGUAAUUCUUUACCCUAUGGGAAAGGGUCGCCGCGGGGAAUUGCCAAAGGCUCAACUGGUUAACAAGCUCACCAAGACAGUACAACAGAGUGAAGAUGCUGGACUGGAGCUUCUGGACCUGCGUGACCUUGAGGCUAAGGGUAAGGUCCUGGAAGGUUUGGGUGCUCUGAACUUUUCCUACAAUGGUAAAUUCGUUUAUAUGGCACUGUCUGGACGAAGCAAUGAAGAGGUUCUCGAUAUCAUCUGCAGUAAGGAAAACUUAAACAUUCCUGAGGAAAACCGUUUCGUUUUCACAGCUGUACUUCCCCGUCUUCCUAACGCUGAUGGAGUUGUCACUGGUGAAGACGUUAUUACCCACACCAGCCUUGUUGGAUGGUGCGGAAAGGGAAUCUGUGCCUGGGGCUUUGAAUUCCUCCGCUUCCCCUCUGAAGAGAAGCAGGAGGCGUUCUACCACCACCUUGAAGUAACUUAUCAAAAGAUGCUCAACCUCAACGCUGAGGAAAUUCGUGCCUUUGUCGGUAAUGCUUAUGAAUUGGCCUACCGCGUUGGUGAUGAGGAGCGCCAUGUGCUCUGUAUUUCCGACUCCGCAAUGAAAGCCCUGCAGCGUCGCAACCUGAAGGCCCUUGAAGAGUGGUACGGCCGCGAGAACAUCAUCAUCUUCUACGCCGACGUUGUCCAGCGCCGUGCGGGGAAGUCUGUGCGCGCCCUCAUCUCCGCCCCCGUCACACACGGCGAGGUCCUCCCAGCACCGGGGCAGAAGUCCGCUCUUGAGGUUGCCCACGUGGACGUGAUGGAUGUCUCCGCUGCUACCUUCCGCCGAUGA